GGAUCUAGUGGCGACGGCGUUUCCUCGCCUCUUCUGGUGACUGGGAGGCUUUGCGGUGACUCCGACCCGGCACAGGCUGCCUGCAGACCCGUCAGGUCCCAGCAGUGGCCUUCGAGGACCACUGCCCCUGGCAUUGGCCGCCAGCCUUCAGGCCUGGGCCGCUCUCCCGCCGAGAGAACAUCUCUCCUCAGGACCAUGUCCAGGCCGAGUAGCGUCUCUCCGCGGCCUCCAGCUCCCGGCGGUGGAGGCGGCGGCAGCGGCGGCGGAGGGGGCGGCCCAGCGCAGUGUGGCCUCGGGGGCGGUGGCCGGGCUAAGGGGCUGAAGGACAUUCGUAUCGACGAGGAGGUGAAGAUCGCAGUCAAUAUCGCCCUGGAGCGAUUCCGAUACGGGGACCAGAGAGAAAUGGAAUUUCCUUCUUCUUUGACCAGUACUGAAAGAGCCUUUAUUCAUCGAUUGAGUCAGUCUCUUGGUUUGGUUUCUAAAAGUAAAGGGAAGGGAGCAAAUAGAUACCUAACUGUGAAGAAAAAAGAUGGAUCAGAAACAGCUCAUGCAAUGAUGACCUGUAAUUUGACUCAUAAUACAAAACAUGCUGUUAGGAGCCUAAUUCAAAGAUUUCCUGUCACCAAUAAAGAGCGUACAGAACUUCUGCCUAAAACAGAAAGAGGAAAUGUGUUUGCAGUUGAAGCUGAAAAUCGGGAAAUGAGCAAGACAAGUGGACGACUCAAUAAUGGUAUACCUCAGAUUCCAGUGAAAAGAGGAGAAUCUGAAUUUGAUUCUUUCAGGCAAUCUCUGCCAGUGUUUGAGAAACAAGAAGAAAUUGUUAAGAUAAUUAAAGAGAAUAAAGUAGUUUUGAUAGUGGGAGAAACUGGUUCUGGAAAGACCACACAGAUUCCUCAGUUCCUUUUAGAUGAUUGCUUCAAAAAUGGUAUCCCCUGCCGUAUAUUUUGUACUCAACCAAGACGAUUAGCAGCAAUUGCUGUGGCUGAAAGAGUCGCUGCAGAGAGAAGAGAAAGGAUUGGUCAGACAAUUGGAUAUCAGAUUCGAUUAGAAAGCAGGGUUUCUCCAAAGACACUUCUGACAUUUUGCACCAAUGGAGUAUUGCUUCGCACAUUGAUGGCAGGAGAUAGUACAUUGUCAACUGUGACACAUGUUAUUGUGGAUGAAGUACAUGAAAGGGAUCGAUUUAGUGAUUUCUUACUUACAAAGCUAAGAGAUCUGUUGCAAAAGCACCCAACUUUGAAACUAAUUCUUUCCAGUGCUGCAUUGGAUGUAAAUCUCUUUAUAAGAUAUUUUGGAAGUUGUCCAGUGAUAUAUAUACAGGGAAGACCAUUUGAAGUAAAAGAAAUGUUUUUGGAAGAUAUUUUAAGAACCACUGGAUAUACAAAUAAAGAAAUGUUAAAGUAUAAAAAGGAGAAACAGCGAGAAGAGAAACAACAAACUACGCUUACAGAAUGGUACUCAGCUCAGGAGAAUACUUUCAAGCCUGAGUCUCAGAGGCAGAGAACUGUUCCAAAUGUGACUGAAGAAUAUGACUUAUUAGAUGAUGGUGGUGAUGCUGUCUUUAGUCAGUUGACAGAAAAAGAUGUGAAUUGCCUUGAACCAUGGUUAAUAAAGGAAAUGGAUGCUUGUCUUUCUGACAUAUGGCUACAUAAAGAUGUUGAUGCCUUUGCUCAGGUCUUUCACCUUAUUUUAACUGAAAAUGUUAGUGUCGAUUACAGGCACAGUGAAACCAGUGCAACAGCCCUGAUGGUUGCUGCAGGACGAGGUUUCACAAGUCAAGUAGAGCAGUUAAUUAGUAUGGGAGCCAAUGUCCAUAGUAAAGCAUCAAAUGGCUGGAUGGCUUUAGAUUGGGCUAAACACUUUGGACAAACUGAAAUUGUGGAUCUUCUAGAAUCUUACAGUGCUUCCCUGGAAUUUGGAAAUCUAGAUGAAAGUUCUCUGGUUCAAACAAAUGGAAGUGACCUCAGUACAGAAGACAGAGAGCUCCUGAAAGCUUACCAUCAUAGUUUUGAUGAUGAAAAAGUUGACUUGGAUUUGAUCAUGCAUCUUCUGUACAAUAUCUGUCAUAGUUGUGAUGCUGGUGCAGUAUUAAUCUUCCUACCUGGAUAUGAUGAAAUUGUUGGAUUGAGGGAUCGCAUCCUGUUUGAUGACAAGCGGUUUGCUGACAAUACACAUAGCAGAUAUCAAGUCUUUAUGCUUCAUUCAAAUAUGCAAACAUCUGAUCAAAAGAAGAUAUUAAAAAAUCCACCUGCAGGUGUUCGAAAAAUAAUCCUUUCAACUAAUAUUGCUGAAACCAGCAUCACAGUCAAUGAUGUUGUCUUUGUUAUUGAUUCUGGUAAGGUGAAAGAGAAGUCCUUUGAUGCACUAAAUUUUGUUACAAUGUUAAAAAUGGUGUGGAUUUCCAAAGCUAGUGCCAUACAGCGAAAAGGCAGGGCGGGGCGAUGUAGACCUGGAAUCUGUUUCCGUCUGUUCAGUAGACUCCGAUUCCAGAAUAUGUUGGAAUUUCAGACUCCAGAACUUUUGAGAAUGCCAUUACAGGAACUUUGUUUACAUACCAAGCUGUUAGCCCCAAUUAAUUGUCCCAUUGCUGAUUUCCUUAUGAAAGCUCCUGAACCUCCACCAGCUUUAAUUGUAAGAAAUGCUGUACAGAUGCUUAAGACAAUAGAUGCAAUGGAUGCAUGGGAAGAUUUGACUGAACUUGGAUAUCAUUUGGCUGACUUGCCAGUAGAACCACAUCUUGGUAAAAUGGUCCUGUGUGCUGUUGUUUUAAAGUGUCUGGAUCCCAUCCUUACUAUUGCCUGCACAUUAGCCUAUCGAGAUCCAUUUGUACUGCCAACUCAGCCCUCUCAAAAACGUGCAGCUAUGCUUUGUAGGAAACGUUUCACUGCAGGAACUUUCAGUGACCAUAUGGCACUUCUCAGGGCAUUCCAGGCAUGGCAGAAAGCACGAAGUGAUGGGUGGGAGCGAGCCUUUUGUGAAAAGAAUUUUCUUUCACAAGCUACCAUGGAAAUAAUCAUAGGCAUGCGAACUCAGUUGCUUGGUCAACUUAGAGCAUCAGGUUUUGUUAGAGCACGAGGUGGUGGUGAUAUUCGAGAUGUUAACACAAACUCUGAGAACUGGGCUGUUGUUAAAGCUGCAUUGGUGGCAGGCAUGUAUCCUAAUUUAGUCCAUGUGGACAGAGAGAAUGUAGUAUUGACAGGGCAAAAGGAGAAAAAAGUACGGUUUCAUCCCACUUCAGUUCUCAGUCAGCCUCAAUAUAAAAAGAUUCCUCCGGUGAAUGGUCAAGCUGCAGCAAUUCAAGCACUACCCACAGAUUGGCUUAUUUAUGAUGAAAUGACCAGAGCCCAUAGGAUAGCUAAUAUUAGAUGUUGUUCAGCAGUGACGCCUGUCACUGUAUUGGUGUUCUGUGGACCAGCUAGGUUGGCAAGUAAUGCUCUUCAGGAGCCUUCGUCCUUUAAAGUGGAUGGUAUUCCUAAUGACAGUAGUGAUAGUGAAAUGGAAGAUAGAACUACUGCUAAUUUGGCAACUUUGAAACUUGAUGAGUGGCUUAAUUUCAAACUGGAUCCGGAGGCAGCCAGUUUACUGCUACAGCUCAGACAGAAGUGGCAUAGCUUGUUUUUGCGCCGAAUGAGAGCUCCAUCUAAACCUUGGUCUCAAGUUGAUGAAGCUACAAUAAGAGCAGUUAUUGCUGUCUUAAGCACUGAAGAACAGUCUGCAGGUUUACAACAACCAUCUGGGAUUGGCCAAAGGCCAAGACCUAUGUCUUCAGAAGAACUUCCUUUGGCAUCAUCUUGGAGGUCAAAUAAUAGUAGGAAAAGUUCAGCAGAUACUGAUUUUUCUGAUGAGUCUACUACUGCAGAAAGAGUAUUGAUGAAAUCUCCAUCUCCAGCAUUACACCCACCUCAGAAGUACAAAGAUAGAGGAAUUUUACAUCCUAAACGAAAUACUGAUGAUCGAUCAGAUCAGUCAUCUGUGAAAUCUACAGACAGCAGUAGUUACCCAAGUCCUUGUGCCAGCCCUUCACCACCAUCCUCAGGAAAGGGCUCAAAAUCUCCUUCACCAAGACCAAACAUGCCUAUUCGAUACUUCAUAAUGAAGAGUAGCAAUUUGAGAAACCUUGAGAUUUCUCAACAGAAAGGUAUCUGGUCUACAACCCCUAGUAAUGAGCGGAAGCUAAAUCGAGCCUUUUGGGAAAGCAGCAUGGUUUACUUGGUAUUUUCUGUUCAAGGAUCUGGACAUUUCCAGGGAUUUUCUAGGAUGUCUUCUGAGAUAGGACGGGAGAAGAGUCAGGAUUGGGGCUCAGCUGGACUAGGAGGAGUAUUUAAGGUGGAAUGGAUACGAAAAGAAAGUCUCCCCUUUCAGUUUGCACACCAUUUGCUCAAUCCUUGGAAUGACAAUAAGAAAGUCCAGAUAAGUAGAGAUGGGCAGGAACUAGAACCUCAAGUUGGUGAACAGUUGUUGCAGUUAUGGGAGCGCCUUCCAUUGGGAGAAAAAACCACAACUGAUUGACGCUCAGGUUAUAGCGUACUUGACUUUGAGCGCUGGUUGUGUUUGUGAUCACUAAGGUCUUUCAGAUUAUUUAUAUUUUCUUUUUUUUUUUUUUACCUUUCCAGAACUUUUAGAUGCUGAAGAACAUCAUGCCUAUUUAUAACCACUGAAUGCACUGAUUUCUGAAAACUGAGAUGAGGUUGUGUGUUAUAAAUGGACUUCUUUAGUUUAGAAUGCUUCAGAACUACUCAUCUUAAUAUAAAAAAGGAUCACCUUAAUUUUUAUAAUGAUCGUAGGGAAUUAUCACUUAGUGUUUGUAAUUGUAGGUCUGUCAUUGAAUAAAGUAGUAGUAGUUUCAUUAUUUAACACAGAACUGCAUUAUUUUAAGCAUAUUUAAUUUAUAAAGUUAAACAUUUCAUUUGUUUAAAACACUGACUUCCAACUCUUAUUAAUGAUCUUUUAAUGCAAAAUAAAUUGUUUUCUUUUAAUAAAGGUCUGACCCAUAUCAUUUAAACACUGUUUUCUAACAGUCAACCCUUAAGAUGUAUCAUUAAAAACAAACAAGCAAAAACAACUAAAUUCUUAAAAUGUUACUUUUAAAGGUAGUACAUGCUGGUAAAGGCUAUUUAUUCUGCCAUUUUUAACUUGAGAUACAUUAAGGAAUAAAGGAGAGAUGUUCUUUUUCAGCAAUUAUGAAAUGUAGUAAAAUCUGAAACAAGGUAGAGAGUUCCUCCCUGCUUUUGAUCAGAUCAAAGUAAAGUAAGUGCUCAGUUUAAUUCCUGGUCCUACUUCAUUUAACCUGUUGUGAACCGUGCCCAUUUGGCUAGGGAAAUUUGAUUUAGACUAUUUAAAAAUUUUAAACAAGUUUGGACAAGUUUAAAAAAUUGCUCAACAGUUAGCAGAGGUAGCUUGGUUGGUGUAUGUCUUCCAAACUGAAGCCUGUGAGCAACACACUUCUAAAUGCAUUCUUCCAUUUUUCUUUUCAGUAUUUUUUCUCUUAUUUAUGCUUUUGAGAUGAUUUUUCUUUGUUGCAUUUAUGGCUUGAUAAAUGGGGGAUAAUUUUUUGUAAAUCUGUUGUAGUGCCAACUCACAUAUAUUUGCCAUCUCAGAAUUACUUGAUUUUACCCCUUUACUACCACUGUCUAUAAAGUUUCCUUAGAGAGUUUUUGAAGGGCAAAAUAGAAAUACAGGGAAAAAUGAAAGAAAUGUCUUGAUUAUAAGCUCAGCUCUAAAUACAACAGGUUUGAUAGUACUUCUCAUGCUGUAUUUGGGUCAUUGUUUAAAAAAAAAAAAAAAAGUGACCUUUCUUUAAAGACAAAAA